AUGUUUUGCGUGGCCCUCCAUUCCGAAACUCAAUCUUUUGACGGCAUUCUAAUUGGAAAUGUAGAAGCUGCAGAUGGGGACCGCAACGAUAAGCUGGAAUUUUCGUUAAGAGGCCAGCAUGCUGGUCUUUUCGAAAUAGACUCUAAGGGCAGCCUUUAUAUUCGGCCUGAGCAACUUCAAGGACUAAAUGAAUCAACGGUUCAUUUAAUAGCCAUAGCAACUGAUUCAGGUGUACCACAACGAAGCACUUCUGUGCCUGUUACAAUAGCUCUGGAUGGCGUCGCACUUGCUCAAGUGUCUUGGCGUUCCAAUUUAAUUGGAAUUUUAAGCAUGAUCAUCAGUGUAUUCAUUUUGAUAGUUUUGGUUCUUACUUGCUAUAUAUUGCGCUCUAAGAGAAAAAUUCAAAAGGCUUCCCCACCUUUGGGACGAAAUCGUGUACACAGCAAUGCACAUAGUGCAGUUUCUUCGGCCAACUUGGUUACACACGAACAAAUUUCCAGCAAUGGUACUGGUGCUAUAGUCAUGAGCGGCACUAGCGGCGUGUCUGUGUUGCAUAUGAAAAACGAUGGCAACAUCACUAUGUCGAACCCCAUCGGCAAUUGUGUGGAUCAUGCCGGCGUUGGUCUGCCGAAUUCCACCACUACCCUAGCUAAACGCGAACAAGAACGUGAUCAUGAAAGACAGCGUGAAAGUUACGCUGCAACUGUGAGAAGCAUAGUGUCGCGUGCCUCAGCCAAUGGACAAUUGUUCGAAGACAAUGAGAUCGAAAAUGACUCACUUUCAAAUCAGGACAACAUGACAUCAGAAACCAACAAUAAAAAAACUGCUUGGGGGCCGACAGCAAACGCACAGCGAGGAGUUUUAUCGGUAGCGAAUUUGAAUUGUAACGCUGCUAGUGGUUCUAACCUCUUAGCGGAAACUGAAACAAUGGGUUCAUCAGAAAAUAACUUAACGGUAUAUUUUUAAGCAUCGAAAUCGAAAUUCUUCCCAUUGAUAAACAUAUGUACCUACAUAUGUAAGUAAAUGUACAAAAGGACCUCACCCGGCCAAGAAAUGUAUGUUAGCAGAUGUUAUGAGUUUUACGAUAGUUUCUCUUGCCUUAAAAUUUAUUUAUUUUUUUCUAUCCGUUGAAUGCAUUCGUUUUAUACAUAUAUGGGCAUUCCC